CUCCCGGCGAGCGAGCGGCGACCUGGCGGCUCGCACUGGGCCCAUGUCCUCCGCGCCGCCGCGCCCGCCCGCCCCGCGCGCCCCCAGGAUGAAGAAGGACGAGUCGUUCCUGGGCAAGCUGGGCGGCACGCUGGCGAGGAAGAAGAAGGCCAAGGAGGUGAGUGACCUGCAGGAAGAAGGCAAAAGUGCCAUCAACUCUCCGAUGCACCCAGCCUCGGUGGAUAUUCACCCUGAAGACACGCAGCUAGAGGAGAAUGAGGAGCGCACGAUGAUCGACCCCACCUCCAGGGAGGACCUCAAGUUCAAGGAGCUGGUCAAGGUCCUCCUGGACUGGGUCAAUGACGUGCUGGUGGAGGACAGGAUCAUCGUGAAGCAGCUGGAGGAGGACCUCUACGACGGCCAGGUGCUGCAGAAGCUGCUGGAGAAGCUGGCGGAUCGCAAGCUGAACGUGGCUGAGGUGACCCAGUCUGAGAUCGGGCAGAAGCAGAAGCUGCAGACAGUUCUGGACGCCGUGUUGGACCUGCUGCGGCCGCACGGCUGGGCGCUGCGGUGGAGUGUGGACUCGAUCCACGGGAAGAACCUGGUGGCCAUCCUGCACCUCCUCAUCGCCCUGGCCACCCACUUCCGGGCCCCCAUCCGCCUCCCCGAGCACGUGUCCGUGCAGGUGGUAGUCGUCCGGAAGUGGGAAGGCCUGCUGCACUCCAGCCACGUGUCGGAGGAGCUGACCUCGACCACAGAGCAGAUGAUGGGCCGGUUUGAGCGAGACGCCUUCGACACGCUCUUCGAUCACGCGCCGGACAAGCUCAACUUGGUGAAGAAGUCGCUCAUCACUUUUGUGAACAAGCAGCUGAACAAGCUGAACCUGGAGGUGACGGAGCUGGAGACCCAGUUUGCAGAUGGCGUUUACCUGGUCCUGCUCAUGGGUCUUCUCGAGGACUACUUUGUCCCCCUCCACAACUUCUACCUGACCCCGGAGAGCUUCGACCAGAAGGUCCACAACGUGUCAUUCGCCUUUGAGCUGAUGCUGGACGGCGGACUGAGGAGGCCCAAGGCUCGCCCUGAAGAUGUGGUGAACCUUGACCUCAAGUCCACCCUGCGGGUGCUGUACAACCUGUUCACCAAGUACAAGAACGUGGAGUGACAGGGACCCCAGACGGCGCGGGACGGUCGGGGCAAGAGAAGCGGGGCCCAUGCCCCAGGCCCAGGCCCUUCUCAGGGAGACGCCCUGCUCCGCCCCGGCUGUGUGGCCCCUCCCAUCCCUGCCUGCUUUGGUGGCCAUUCACCUGCUUUCCUUGCAACCCUCCAGUGGCCAAGACCUCGGAAAAUGCAGCCUCUAGACACGGCUGGGCUCCGGGUCUCCCUCCCUCCCUCCCUCCGGGCAGGCCGAGGGGUUGACUGUGUUGUCAAAAGAUGACACGGAGGAGCUCGGGCCCAACCUCCGCUGGCCGCGCUGCCGCUCCCACUGGUGGCCUGGUCUCUCCGUCCACCCUGGCUGUGCGGGGCUCGGGCAUUUCCCUGCCCUUGGACGAGGGGCCUUUUUGACAAAAGAGUUUUGCAAUUAAAAAACUCAACUCUCACGUCCCCGGAACCCUGGGUGUGACACAGUGUCCUCCCUCCCUCUGGUUCCCGUGACUUCUUGGCCACUCUGUGUUCUUACUGACCUUUAGCGUGAGCUCCCAGGACCUGUGCCCUGCCACAGGCAGAGGGAGGAUUGGCUGGGGGCGUUCCUUGGCUUCCUGCAGCGGCCCAGGGCUGGUCAGGAGUUGGCUGGAGGCGGCUUGAUCCCGAGGCCCGUCUGGGAUGGCCCUUCGGGGAUGGCCCGUCGGGGAUGGCGACCUGUUCCUUUGCUAGGCCCGCAGGGCGGGAGGCUCAGAGUACAGAGGAUCCACGUCCCGUAGCUUGGAAGCCAAGGUCGAGGGGCCAGGUGGCCUCGUCCUUGGCCGCGUCUCCCUGGUCUUCAUAGGUCCCCCUCUGCCAGCGUCUCUGUUAAGGACACAAGUCACACGAGGCAGGGCCUGCCCACAUGACCUCAUUUCCUUGUUACCUCUUUAAGGCCCAUGUCCAGAUGUGGUCACACUACAGCCCUGGGCUUUGGGGCUGAAUUUAGGGGACACGAUACAGCCCAUGAGGGGGGCAUGCAGUGUCCAUCUCUGUCCUCACGGUGCUCCCGUGGCAUCUCCCUCUCUGUGUCACCUAGUUAAGCUCUUCGCCCUGGUCACCUCGGCUUGGAGAGGAAUGGCGUCCCCUCAGCUGUGUUCUCUGGCCGGGCCCUGGCCGCAGGGCGUCCUGCUCUGUGGCAUGCCCUGGCCCUUCCCCUGCUGUCUCCUCCUGGCCCCUGCCCGGCCAGCCCCCUCUCCAAGCUCUGUGUGCUCAUUAGCGACAGGAGGACAGGCCUCUCCACCUCUUAGACCCCCGCCCCCUGCAGACCGGGGCUGGGGGUCAGGGUUGAUGUUGAUUGAAGGUCGGGCUGAAGGCUGAGAAUGCUCUGAAUGUCCUCCCUGGCUCAGUUGCUAGGCUGGGAUGGGUUGAGAAGAGCAUUUUGAUGGAGGUGGUUUCCCAGCAGGAGAAAGAAAUAAUUAAAACGGCGUUACGGCGUCUCCUGCGGGAUGCAGUGACAUUAAAGACCUCCUUGACAAAAUAUCCGGGGCCGGAACGUUCCGCGCUGCCUUCAUGACUCGCACAGAGUCCUAGCCGCCAGGGCCGGUGGCCUGGACCCGCCCGGCCUUGCUCUCAGGCGGGCCUGGGGGGGCGUUGCUCAUCCCCAGGGUUUUCGGGGGCGAGGGGGACGGAGAUGAGGAUCUGGAGAGCGCACCUGUGGCCUCUUAGCCAACUCGGGCAGCUUCAGCCUGAUCCACGUCAUCCAGGGGGAGGACGUGGUCAGCGGGAGAGGCUUCAGCUUCUGAAGCAGCCCCUAAAGCCCUGCUGGACACUCGCCUAGCCUCAGGUCAGGCCACUCCCCACUCUUCCCUUUCAAGAAGGACACUUUGAGGGGCCGCGGAUGUGCGGGAGCCGGGCAGGCGGCUGGCUCACAGCAGGACCGGUAAAGGCUGAGGUUUAGGAGGCAGGGUCUCUCCUGGGGCUGUGGGUGCAGACGACCUGCAGGGUCCCUUCAGGUCUCCUUGUUCUUGAUCCCUGCCCGGCCUGGGUGGGAGAGGGAGGGCCGGCUCUGAGGGCCCCUGUGCCGGGAAGUUCUGGAAGUUCUGGAAGGUUCUUCCUCCUUCCAGGCCACAUCCUCAUGAUGAUUUUUCUCUGAAGAGGGGCCUGGCCCAUGGCAGCGAGGUGAAGGCAAGGCCAUUUGUGUCCACCCGUGGGGGCAAAGGCGUGGACAGCCCCUGCACAAGGAGUCCCGGGUUCCCAGGCUCCUGGGCGGGGGCUGGUCCGGCCCCUGGCCUGGCCACCUGCAGCUGUGGCCCCUUCCCACGUGGCCUUGUGCAAGCCUGACCCCCCCCCCCCCCCCCCCGUGUCCUGCGGCUGUGGUGGAGGGCGGUUUUAUUUUGGAAUAGCUGAAUCCUCUGUUCCUUUGUGUGCCGCUGUGUUAUUGUCUUUUUAAUUGUUCAAAGGACGUUUCCUUUGGAUUUCUGGAUAUUAAAUAAAAAAGCCCUGGCUGUGCUUUGAUCAGACCCGCCUGGCUGACAGCAGGAAGCCAUGCUGCUUGCGACAUGAAGGCCCAGCGCCUCCGAGCGGGAGCUGUGGCUGGGGAAGUGCCCGAGGCGCCUCGCGUGCUGUUAUUUAUUCCAAUAAAGGGCCGCUCGGCCGCCUGCUC